AGAGAUGUUGCUAUUUCCGCAGACGCAUGCGCAAUAAGCCUUGACAACCACAGCAUAACCAGACUCAAAAGAGGAAUAUAGGUGUACACAUCCGUCAUGGGUCAGGCUCUGCAGAGAGCAGCACAGUGGACCUCUGCCAAGGGAGGUUCAGGGGGCAAGUUAGAAUUCACAAAACUAAACGAAGAACUGCUUAAUUCCAUCAUACAGUAUGUUGAUGGUUUCAGUGCCAAGUAUGCUGAUGAAUCUAAAUUAGUUUUCAAAAAGCCCUUGACCUGGCAAACAACAGUCAGUCCGGAUGCAAUCAGUGCACCAGGGUUAGAAGACAGAGGUGGGGAUAAAAUAUCAGAAGCCAAAGCUGACAAGGACCAGCCCCUAUUCUCUAUAAAGAGGGAUGGAUCAGACUAUGAGUGUAGCGCCAUGACCAUGGAAUACUGUGAACAAGUCCUCAGAGCAUCCGGAGACAAGAAAAUGAUCGAAAUCAGAGCUUGCCUGGAAGCAAACCGUGAUCCAGUGGCCAACAUGUUGGGUGAGCGCUUCGCCACAGUGGAAGGAGACGACAACUCCAUCUUCCGAUUCAUCGAGGAGAUCACCAAGGAGAUCGAACAACUCGCCAAGCAGCACGCAGAAAACGAAGGAAACACUGAAAAACAAGAGGAAAUCGAGGAAAAGAAACUGGUGCUGAAAAUGAGGCUGAUUCUUCUGCGACUAGACCAGCAAUUAUUGAACCAGAGCAUCGCUCAGAUAACAAAGGAUGUUCGACUGACCCCUAUCAUGGUUGACGGAGAAGUCACCAUCUUACAGGAACUGUCGGGAGAUGAUGAAAGAAAGCACGUGCUGGAAACCAUCGAUUUCUGGGGUGACGGAUACAUUUUCAAAAAUGGCUGUCGCGCUCCUCCUCAACGCCAGCUUCAUGGAGACAUUGCGUACAUAGAAGUUCGGCCGUUUGAUGGAAAUAUGUUAUACAUCACCGCCAAUACCAGUGGCUACUAUCUGAACAAGGGCCCAGACAACCGUGGCGACAUGAACUACGAGAAGGAGGGCGAUGCCUACAGGGAGCUGGUCACACUGCUCAAGGACAAGAGUGCCCACUUUACAGAGAUGAUUGACAAACAGGAAUUCCACCUCAAAGUCCAGGAGAAGGAUGAUUACAUGGAUGCGAGGCGCGUGGAGGAGGAUGAUGAUGAUAGAGAGAGCACUGCAGGCUACCGCCCUGACCGCUCCAAGCAGAAGGCAGAGGAAGACUCCAAGGACAAAGGACAGAAGCAGAAGGCACAGAAAAAGAAGAAGCUGGAGCCAUCUCUCAAAUGGAAAGCGCUCGGGAUGGAGGAAUACCAGGAACCAGAUAAACGAGAAACACAGAAGCUAAAGAAGAAGAAGACUUCUCCAAGGAUGAAGACAAAGACCCCAGUUGAUGCAGAAGACUCCUUCAGCGAGAGCUCCACAGAGAGUGAGGAGGAGGAAGAGGCAGUAGAGAGGAGGAGCGAGACAAAUGCUGACCUUCCGUCUGAGUACUGGCAGAUACAGAAACUGGUCAAAUACCUCAAGGGUGGAAACCAAACUGCCACCAUCAUUGCUUUGUGUUCAAUGAGAGACUUCAACCUUGCUCAGGAGACGUGCCAGUUGGCCAUUCGUGAUGUGGGGGGUCUGGAGGUGUUGAUCAACCUGCUAGACACAGAGGAAGUCAAAUGCAAGAUUGGAUCACUCAAGAUCUUGAAAGAAAUCUCCAGGAAUACUCAGAUCAGGCGGGCCAUCGCUGACCUGGGGGGACUACAGACAAUGGUGAAGAUCCUGCGUGACCCCGACAAGGAUCUCAAGUGUCUGGCUGCUGAAACCAUUGCCAAUGUGGCCAAGUUCAGGCGGGCCAGGCGCACCGUCAGGCAGCAUGGAGGCAUAAAAAAACUGGUGGGUCUCCUGGAUUGCCCCAUAGUGUCUGCCACCAGUCCAGAGGCAGACAAGGAUGCUGAGGUGGCUCGCAGUGGUGCCCUGGCUUUGUGGAGCUGCAGCAAGAGCAAGAAAAACAAAGAGGCCAUGAGGAAGGCGGGUGCCAUUCCCCUGCUGGCCAAACUCCUCAAAUCUCCCAACGAGAACAUGUUGAUUCCGGUGGUCGGGACCCUUCAGGAGUGUGCGUCAGAGCCCAGUUACAGACUAGCUAUUAGAACAGAGGGAAUGAUAGAGGAUCUAGUGAAGAACUUAAAGAGCCAGUCAGAUGAACUGCAGAUGCAUUGUGCAUCAGCUAUAUUCAAGUGUGCGGAGGAGAAGGAGACACGAGAUCUGGUGAGGCAGUACGGUGGACUGGACCCUCUGGUGUCCCUCCUACAGAAAACUGAAAACAAAGAGUUGCUGGCGGCAGCAACCGGAGCCAUCUGGAAGUGUGCCAUCAGUCCGGAGAAUGUGACCCGCUUCCAGGAGCUGAGGGCAAUAGAACAGCUGGUGGGACUACUGAACGACCAGCCUGAGGAGGUGUUGGUCAAUGUGGUAGGUGGUUUAGGUGAAUUAGCUAAGGACCCUCCCAACAGAAUGUUGGUCAGGAAAGCCGGAGGGAUCCCCCCUCUGGUCAACUUACUGACUGGCACAAACCAGGCCCUCCUUGUCAAUGUCACUCGGGCUGUUGGGCAGUGUGCGGAGGAACAGGAUAAUAUGGUAAUCAUCGACAAACUGGACGGAGUCCGAUUACUAUGGUCAUUGCUCAAGAAUCAGAAUCCGGAUGUACAGGCCAGUGCUGCGUGGGCCAUAUGUCCUUGUAUUGAAAAUGCAAAGGACGCAGGAGAAAUGGUGCGAUCUUUUGUGGGUGGUUUAGAACUGAUUGUGAGUCUCUUGAAAUCGGACCAUCGAGAGGUUCUAGCCAGUGUGUGUGCAGCUAUAGCAAACAUUGCCAAAGACGAAGAAAACCUAGCAGUCAUCACAGACCAUGGCGUGGUUCCUAUGUUAGCCAGACUUACAAACACAUACGCUUGGAAGGGUAGUAGAUAUCAGAGUCAGGUGGAUGAUAAACUACGGAGACAUUUAGCAGAGGCCAUAGCUAGGUGUUGCAACUGGGGAAAUAACAGAACAGCAUUCGGACGAGAGGGGGCGGUGGCACCGCUAGUGAAAUAUCUCAAAUCGCAGGACGAAAAUGUACACAGAUCCACCGCCCGGGCCUUAUAUCAACUGUCCAAGAACCCCGAGAACUGUAUUACCAUGCACGAAGCCGGUGUUGUUCAGCCUUUGAUGAAAAUGGUAGGCUCACAGGAUGAGGAUCUCCAAGAAGCUUCCGCUGGGUGCAUAGGAAACAUCAGGAGACUUGCUUUAGCCAAUGAAAAAGCGAGAUAUUCUUAAAGCAUUUCCAGUCGAAUCAAAUUCCGUCCCUGAAACUGCCAUCAAUACCAACCAAUAUGUGAAAUCGAACUCAAUUAAAAGAGUGCAAAAUUAAACUGACAUAUAAUAUGGCAUUUAUGUAACAUCUUGAUUAAUAUCAGAAAUGUAUUAAUUUUUUUUUGGAUUACAAGGACAAACAGAUUAGAGAAACAUUAAGUUUUGAAGAAAUUAUAUAAAAAUCUAUUAAUUCCUUUACGUUACAUUUUAGCUGGUACAGGUAUCUAUAUAUAAGAUGCUGUGAUUUAUUUAAUAUACAUGUCUACAUAUUUGCAUAAGUUUUAUAGUUGUUCUUGUUAUGACAGAAAUAAAUCUAAUUUACCAUCAAA